CUCUUUCAAGUUCCACCCACCGAUCUCAGUACAGUGAGUUCGAGAUGGGUGAAAAUUCCCCCUCUGACGUCGAGUAUCACACCCAUUCAAAUCUACAUUGACAAACAAUCGCAUCUCAUUGAUUUGUUGCGAUCGUUUGAGGAAAUAGAUGUGGGAUUCAAGACGACUGCAGGUGGCCAUCUCACAUCCCGCAACGACGAUGUGGGAAGGAUGACUUCUUUUGCCAACAAUUUGGCCCAUACUCUUUUCAAGCAGAUCAAUGUGAAAUGUAAUGGAAUGCUACUCACUGAACAAGUGGACAUGUACCAUCAUAAAGCCUAUCUCCAGACCCUACUGAACAAUGACAGAAAUGAUGGAGACACCAUCUCACAAGCCACAAAUGGAGGUUGGCGAAACAAAAUUGAUUCUCCCGUCACUUACACAGCAACGAACGUCAAAGGCGACGAUGCCGCCUUUGCAGCACUCUCCGACAAUCGGCAGGCUAGCAUCAAAGCCCAGAAAAAGGAAGUGAGAGAUUUGUAUUCGGAAGGAAAGAGGCGUAUUCUGAGUAUGAAACCCUUGUGGAAAUUUUUCAUCAAGGUAAAUGGAUCGUACCCCGCACCAGUUUUGAAAUGGAUUUCUACUUGAAUCCAGCAUCCAUCUUCUCUAAUGGAGAGUCUAACCCGCCCACCGAAUCUGUGCGCGUGCACGCUGACGACGUUAAACUUUCCUUCUACAUGUGUCUCGUGAAACUCAAUCCAUCCACCUACAUGGAUAUGAUGGGCCUCUUGAGUAAAUCUGCAGCCCUCUACCCCUUCGUGAGGACGGAAAUGAGACAAUACCCCCUGGACAACGGAGCCACCUACAAAGAAAUCAACAAUCCCUUCAAUAACAAAGUCCCACAACGAUUCGUCCUGGCUAUCGUGGAAAACUCAGCCUUUCAUGGUAGAUACGAUCAAGAUACCUUUGCCUAUCAACCAGCAGGCAUAGAAUACAUCAAACAAAUUGUAGAUGGGGAAGAAUAUCCUUACGAAACUCUGGAAUUGAACACGGGGAAUGGUCAAAAGGAUUUGAGGGGGUACUACAGAUUCUUGGAAACCACAGGAUGUCUCCAGCAUGGAAGCGGAAAUAUGGUGCGAUUCCUGGAUUGGGGGUACGGUAAAAACGCCACCAUCUUCGCGUUUUCAAACGUGCCUAAUGGUAGACACGACGAUCCCAUCCUAUUGCCUAGACCCCAAAGCACGAUCAAUCUACAUUUGAAAUGUGCUGCCCAACAGAGUCAAAAGACCAUCAUCCUCAUGUCCCAAUAUGAAGCUUUAAUAGAAAUUGACGGUAUAAAUUCCACCACUUCCAUGAAUGUGCGGUAA